AUGUUUGACGAGACGAAUAAGGAAGGGGUCCAGGAUCCUCACCAUGAUGGACUCGUGAUAACAUUGUCGUCCAGCAACCAUACCCUAGAUGUUGGUGCCACUGCUCAAGUCACCGCCACCCGGUUUCGUCGUCUAGAUGAAGAUCAUGAUCGGACAUGCAGGAUCAUCAAUUGUCUUCAGGAGGAUGUCACAACUGCCCGAGCUGAGGUUAGAGAGCUCAUGCACAGGCAUGCCUUCAUGGAUCAGAGGGUGAUUGAGGCAGAGCGUCGAGCCGAUGAGGCCAGAGAGAAAGCAAGGGAGAUGUGA